CUUUCAGUGUUCGGCGCUUGCGGCUGCGUGUCAGAAGAGCUGUGCACGGACUUUAAGUGAGGGUGCCGGAGGAAAAACAAAACCCUUGCAAAAGAAUCAGCACGAUGAGUAAAAAGGAGGAGGAUGAUAUUGUCCGAAUUGCGAAAAAGAUGGAUAAGAUGGUGUCGAAGAAAAGCACGGUGGGCGCCAUGGACUUGCUGAAGGAAUUAAAGAGCAUUCCCAUGACUUUGGAAUUAUUGCAGUCCACCAGAAUUGGAAUGUCUGUAAAUGCCAUCAGAAAGCAGAGUAAAGAGGAUGAUGUCAUAUCUUUGGCAAAAUCUCUUAUUAAAUCCUGGAAGAAACUUUUGGAUGGCCCAUCAACUGACAAACCCUCAGAAGAGAAGAAAAGGGAUUCGGUGUCCUUGGCACAAAACAGUCCAGAAGCAAAAGAAGAAAGUUCAGGAAGCAAUUCCAGUAAUCCCCAUGAAGCAUUCUAUACUCCGUCGCCAUUUCAACUAAAAAGUUAUCCUCAGGCUCCUUUCACCACAGAUUCGGUGCGGAUCAAAUGUAGAGAAAUGUUAGCCGCUGCAAUGAAAACAGAUGGUGAUUACAUAGCCAUUGGCUCAGAUUGUGAUGAACUUGGAGCUCAAAUUGAGGAAAGUGUGUACCAGGAAUUUAAAAACACAGAUAUGAAAUAUAAAAACAGAGUGAGGAGCAGAAUUGCAAAUCUGAAAGAUUCAAAAAACCCUAAUCUGAGGAGGAAUGUCCUGUGUGGAAAUAUAGCACCAGACAGAUUAGCAAAAAUGACUGCAGAGGAAAUGGCUAGUGAUGAGCUUAAAGAAAUGCGAAAAGCCUUGACCAAGGAAGCCAUUCGAGAACAUCAAAUGGCUAAGACUGGUGGUACUGAAACUGACUUAUUCACAUGUGGCAAAUGUAAGAAGAAGAACUGUACCUAUACACAGGUUCAAACUCGUAGUGCUGAUGAACCAAUGACCACAUUUGUCGUAUGCAAUAACUGCGGAAAUAGAUGGAAGUUCUGUUGAGAUGCUGAAGAAACUUCAGAAGAGAACAUGUUGGACCAGAGCUUGAUGAACUUCGAUUUCUAAUUAGUUGUGUAAAUCAAAGUUAAAACUUCAAUGAGGAUAUUUGUAGAACAAUACAUCCCUGUGGCAGAUUUUUUUUGUAUAAAUAUAGUUUCCUCAAAAACAUUCUAACUGUGUAUUCUGUGCAGAAUAGAUCCUUGAAACAAAAAAAAACUCAUGCUUGUAAAAGCAGGCAGCAUCUAAAUGUAUGAAAAGUUUCUUUUUAUAUGUAGUUUGACAUUAAAGUUUUAAAACUUG